AUGUCUGUUUUUGUUGGCAAUUUAUCUUUCCAAACCAAAUGGUGGACAUUGAAAGAUCACUUUAAACAAGUUGGAGAGGUUGUUCAUGUGGACAUCUUUACCGUUCCUGGUAAGCCUCAUCUCUCAAGCGGAUGUGGUCUUGUUCAAUUCAAGAAUCAACAAGAUGCCGACAAUGCAUUAACUCUAGACAACACUGAAUUGGAUGGAAGAGUCAUCAGAGUGAAGAAGGAUGAAUUUUCUCCUCGCGGAAGACAAGUCUUUGUUGGUAAUCUUAACUUCCGUACCACUUCUCAAACCUUGAAAGAAGCUUUCGAGAAGGCUGUUGGUCCUGUUGAGAAGGCUGUUGUAGCUCGUGAUCCAAAGCAACAUACUCGCUCUCUUGGACAUGGAAUUGUGAGAUUUGCUACUCCUGAGCUUGCUGAGAAGGCCGUUGAAUUGAUGAAUGAUAAAGAGUUGGAUGGCAGAACUGUUCUCGUCAAGAUGGAUGAUAGAUGUUAG